AUGGCUGCGUCCUCGGGCCGCGCCGUGUGCAGCGCGCUGCAGUGUACAGACACCGGAAUGGCCGCAGACGCAUGCGCUACUGCUGCAGCAGCAGCAGCAGGGCCCCCCCCGGAGCUGGGGAGGGGCGAAGAGCCCAAAGAGGUGAUUGUUAUUAAAGACAAUUCUUCAGAAGAAGAUUCAGAUUCUCUUGAAGUCUCGGAUUUGCGUUUUGGCCGCAGGGCCCAGCCCAUAAGAUACUCCAGGGCCACGCGCUACCACAUGCUGCUGGAGGUGGCUCUGGAGCGGAAGCGGCUGAGGCAAGAAAAGCGCGAGCGGGAGAGCGGCGGCAGCAGCAGCACGAGCAGCAGCAGCAACAGCAGCAGCAGGAGGCCGAAGAAGGGCGCGCUGGCUGCGGGCAGCAGCGGCGGCCGCAGCAGCAGCAGCAGCAGCAGCAACGCAUGCAUGCUGCUGUUCUCGAAGGACCCCUUCGAGUCCAGCACCGACGAAAGCGACACCGAGUGGGACCCUGCUGCGGUGUAUGGACAGGCCGCGCGGCGGCGGCUGAAAAGCAAACAGUCGGAGACAGAGUCAGAAUCUGAAGAGUUGACGGACAGCCAAAGUGGCUCUUCGGAGGAGAAAAAAGAAAGCAGAAAGGAGUCAAGUGCAGCAAACAAUUUGCUUCCAGAAGACUCCGAAUCCAGCGCAGAAGACGCGCCAGCUGCGGCCUCCCAAGACGCAGCAGCAGCCGACACGCAGCAGCAGCAGCAGCAGCAGCGGCGGCGUCGGCAGCAGCAGCAGCAGCAGCGGCACGCGCGGAGCGACACAAAGGAUAAGUGGGAUAGGACAGGAAAGCGGGGGCGCAACGGCAGCACAGAUGGAGAAGAAGCCGCUGCUGCAGCAGCAGCAACCAAGCAGCAAAAGCAGCAGCAGCAGCAGCAGCAGCAGCGGGAACGUGGGAGAGGGGGGAAGGGAAAGCGCAGCCGCAGCAGCGAAGAGGCUGAAGCACAAGGGGACGACAAAAGACAAACCAAAGAAGCAACUUUGCAAAUGUCUUCAAAUAAAAGUGCAUGCAGAAGUGCAGGCGGGAGGGGAGAGGGGAAGCAGCAAGAAGGCAGCAGCAGCAGCAGCAGCAGCAGAAGCACGAGCACUGGCGACGCGCAAGAAGCAAAAAAAAAGAAUUAA